AUGCUCGAAUGUGUAUAUGACAUCGACUUUUGGAAGACCCUCGUCCUACCAGGCAACUUUACACAGGACCAGAUCCCAGACCUCUCCUCAAAAGUAGCCAUUGUCACUGGUGCGAAUACUGGACUCGGAUACGAAACCGCCCUUGCCCUGGCAUCCCAUGGCGCACACGUCUUCCUCGCCUGUCGCAACAAAGCCAAAGUCCUUGAGGCAAUUGAGCGCUUAGAGCGGGAGCUGGCCGAGACCGCGCCGCAUAUUUGGCCAAAACUCGAUUUUUUAUACUUGGAUCUGUCCGACCUGCGGUCUGUGGUCCGAUCAGCCAGAGAAUUUUUAUCCAAGGGUCUCCAGCUCCAUAUCCUAGUGAACAAUGCCGGCUUGGGACUAUCGCCACCAAAGCUAAGCAAGGACGGGAUCGAACUGGUCUUUGCAGUCAAUCAUAUGGGUCACUUUCUUCUUACUCAAUUGCUUCUCCCCAAGCUCAUCGAGUCGCAACCAUCCAGGAUUGUAUCCGUCAGUUCGGCAGCGCACGAGUUGAAUUUACCGCUAGGAGGCAUACAAUUUGGAAAGCUUAGCCAACCCGACGCGGAGUCGCCUCUUGUCAACUACAACCGGUCCAAACUCGCCAACAUUCUCUAUGUAAAGGCACUUGCACGUCGACUGGCUAGCGCAGGUCAUGACAGAGUCUUUGUAAAUGCAGUCAAUCCAGGAUACUGUGUCACAGGGAUCGACGGCGAAGCAGAAUCGACCGUGGGAGAAGUGGUCUCGAAGGUCCUGUCUACAACAAGGGAAUGGUUUGGACGGAAACCUGAAGACGGGGCUCUGACACAACUGUAUUGUGCAGCAAGUCCGGAAAUCGAGGAAAAAAUGUUAUCAGGACGCUAUUUCGUUCCAGACGGACAUGAGCUUCGCCCAGGGCCAUACGCGAUGAACAAGGAGCUACAGGAAAGGCUGUAUAGAUAUUCAGAAGACUACAUGGUCAAGCGUGGGCUACUGAGCGUAUAG